AUGGGUCUGACCAAGAAGGAAAAAGUCGAAAAGAAAGCCCGAAGCGUGGUGAAGGGCAAGGCCGAUAAGAAGGCCAAGGUCGAGAAGCCCUCGUCCAAGCCCGCCAAGUCCGCCAAGCCCUCCAAGUCCAAGGACGAGGUUGAUGAGCUCGAUGAUGAGUUCGAUGAGGUUGAGGGUCUCCUUGAGAAGGGAGACGUUGAGGAGGAAGACGAGGAGGAGACCAACGGAAAUGAGGACUCCGAGAUGAGCGAUGACGAUGAAAAGGACGUCGAAAUCGAGGAGGAAGAUGACGGAGAGGGCUCUGAUCUCGAGGAAGAGGAGUCCACUGCCGUUGUCACUACUGCGCCCGCUGACGCUGAGGUUGUCCACAUUGCCUCAGACGCCGAGCGAAAGCCAUUCAGCACAAUUCCUCUGUCUGAGAACACCAUGCAGAGUCUGAAGGACAUGGGAUUUGAGACCAUGACUCCAGUCCAGGAGAAGACCAUCCCUCCUCUGCUUGCUGGCCGAGAUGUUUUGGGAGCUGCCAAGACCGGAUCCGGUAAGACUCUGGCAUUCCUGAUUCCCGCCAUCGAGAUGCUGCGGAAACUCAAGUUCAAGCCUCGAAACGGUACUGGUGUGAUUGUGGUGUCUCCCACCCGAGAGCUGGCCCUCCAGAUCUACGGAGUGGCUCGAGAUCUCAUGGCUAACCACUCCCAGACCCUUGGCAUUGUGAUUGGUGGAAAUAACCGACGACAGGAGGAAGAGAAGCUCAACAAGGGAGUCAACCUGCUGGUGUGUACCCCCGGUCGACUUCUCGAUCAUCUGCAGAACUCCCAGGGCUUUGUCUUCAAGAACCUCAAGGCUCUUAUUAUCGAUGAGGCCGACCGAAUUCUCGAGAUCGGUUUCGAGCAAGAAAUGAAGGAGAUUAUCAAGAUUCUCCCCAAGGAGCGACAGUCCAUGCUCUUCUCAGCCACACAGACCACCAAGGUCGAGGAUCUGGCCCGAAUUUCGCUCAAGAAGGGUCCCCUCUACCUUAACGUCGACGAACACAACGUCAGCUCCACCGCCGAGGGUCUCGAGCAGGGCUACGUUGUGUGCGAUUCUGACAAGCGGUUCCUGCUGCUGUUCUCCUUCCUGAAGCGAAACGCAGGCAAGAAGAUCAUUGUCUUCCUUUCGUCUUGUAACUCGGUCAAGUUCUACGGAGAGCUGCUCAACUACAUCGAUCUGCCCGUUCUCGAUCUGCACGGCAAGCAGAAGCAGCAGAAACGAACCAACACUUUCUUCGAGUUCAUUAACGCCAAGCAGGGAGUUCUAAUCUGCACUGAUGUGGCUGCACGAGGUCUGGAUAUUCCCAAGGUUGACUGGAUUAUCCAGUUCGAUCCUCCGGAUGAUCCCCGAGACUACAUUCACCGAGUCGGACGAACUGCCCGAGGUUCUGCCUCCGGAAAGUCCAUCAUGUUCCUGACCCCCUCCGAGCUUGGCUUCCUGCGAUACCUCAAGGCUGCCAAGGUGCCUCUCAACGAGUACGAGUUCCCCAACAAGAAGAUUGCCAACGUGCAGAGCCAGCUGGAGAAGCUCAUCUCGUCCAACUACUGGCUCAACACCUCUGCCAAGGACGGAUAUCGAGCCUAUCUGCAAGCAUACGCCUCGCACCACCUCAAGACCGUCUACCAGAUCGACAAGCUCGAUCUGGUCAAGGUGGCCAAGUCCUUCGGUUUCAAUGUGCCUCCCAAGGUGAACAUUUCCAUUGGAGCUUCCGGUAAGGGCGCCAAGAGCAUCAAGGGUAAGGACAACCACAAGAAGAGAGGUGGACCCGGCGGAAAGAAGUUCACACGGUAG